GAGCUGGGCCAGACCAUCUUGGGUUAACCUCUAGGAAGGACCAGAAGACCAUCCUCUGGGAUGACCAGGGCUGGACAGGAUCAGAGGGACCAGACAGGAGCCAAGUUCAAGAUUUAUUAAUCCAGUAAGGUGGAGAAAGGCCUCAUAAUGCCCGUGUGCCCGAUGUCCCGGGAGUUCCUCAAGGCCUCACACUUCUCUCUGGGUCCUGAUCCGCGGCUACAUGAUGGCACUAUGCAGUGCACAACGCACAGGGACUUUCCGGCCUAUUCCUCUGUCACCCAGGUCCAGCCCCCCUCGUCACCACCGCAAGGCACAAUCUUCCAAAGGGAAGCGCGGUGGGCUGCCCAGAAGCGUGUAUCUGAGACGCGCCGUGCAUUCUCACCACCACCCACGUUACCGUCGCAGGAGCAGCUGCGGGAGCACAUAAUGGAGCAAACGCGAGCUAUGCAGAUGAGCAAUCUGCAUUUGCAUGCAGAUACGCGUCCUGUCCUCAACUUGUCCAUUGCACGUGCUGACUAUGGCUGGCCGGAGCUACCACCAAGCGCCCGCGCGGACAUCCGAGGAGCGCGCCUUCUCUUUGACAGGGAUUCGAUGCCCUCGGGUGACAGGAAGAAGCUGCGCAUGCCACCCACCUCAUACCAGGCACACUACCCGCCCUACCAUGGCGUCACCCCUCAGCCCCGUGCUCCCUGCAGCCAUCUAGGGGGUCUUAACACCCUGAAGUGGAACUACAAGGGACAGGAAGACACCUCCUACAAGAAGCAGUUCCAAGCCCUCCCAGGCCCACCAGCCUUGAUGUGUAAGAGGGCCGCCUCCAGUAUAAGCCUAGGGGACAGCAAGAUUGGCUAUAGUCCCCAGUGCUCACUUGUGAAGCAGACCUACACACCUCAGGGGCUGUCCCCAUACAGGUAUGACAAGGCCCAGGCCAUAGCCCACAUCCACCAGGUGAACAUUGGUCCUGGAGACAGACUGUUCCACGGCAGAACCACCAUGAAUGACUACUGCGACGCCAAGGAGCCAGAGCCUUUCGUUCUUCACCAUGAUAAGACUCCGGAGUCACACAUCCUGAAAGGAAACUGGUGCCCUGGUCCUGGCAGCCUUGAUACCUCCUCAAAGUUCUUCUACGGUGAGCUACCUCCUGCAACGCAGCCUCCAAGCCGACAGGUGUCCCAUGAAAAACUGAAGGAUCACGUGGUCUUGGGAGACUCAAAGCUGCUUGGAAACUUCUUCCAAACCUCUAUGGGCUCAGACUACUGCCCUCUGACUACCCCCAUGAAACAAAGAACCUUCAACCUGUCUUUGUUGGAGAGUAACUGGCCUGAGGGCACAGGCAAAUUAGACUUUUUAACCACGAACCAAAUGAUGAUGAAGCCGCAUGGAAUAGUUCGAGCCUCUAUCACUGAAGAAUUGUUACGGAAGUGCAAAUACAGCCACAUAGAGCCCCCGCUGGGCAGACAACGCUUCUUCUCUACACAGUAUCAAGAUGAGUAUCCCGUCAAGUCCCAGAGCCCAUUGGUACAGAAGCUAAGUAACAUGCAUGACAGCCAUGUGCCACUGGGCACACCCAGCUACUUUGGCUGCUGGCAUGAGAAAGUAGACCCUCAGGGCCCCCAGAUUCCUAUGUACCCUUGCCUGAGUCAGCAAUAAAUAUCACUUGAUUGUCAAAUCG